CUAUCCCAUGACAAAGUUUAUUUUUGUUUUAACUCUAAAGUUAAAUCCACGGGAUGUCUUUCAAUGGGCAAUGCCUAUGGCUUUGUAUCUGUUCUCCACUCUGGUCUCCAGAGCACAAUGCGCCUUCGUGAGAACCGUAACCACUGCUAAGGUUCUUAGUUAGAAACCAGUCUGUGGUUAGCCGAAGCAGCAGAUCCACGGGGAAAUGACGGUUUUUUGGAGAUUUCCAGCAAAGCAACAGCUGGUUUUGGAGUGGGGUGGGUUGAUGGAGGAUGUAGCAGAAGAUGUGCAACAGCCUUCAGCUCUUGCUGGUGUCCCUGCCAAGGGCAGGAAAUCCCCCACAUUGCUGGGUGUCUCUGCUUUAAAAACAACUUCCUUCAGUAACAACGUCCUGCCCUUCAAUUUCCCACUGGGAAAAGCCUGGAAGCACGUCCUCACGUCUCUGAGAUGGCUCAACACUCUGGGAAGUGGGAAGAAGCUCUGAUUCACCACCGCUUCAUAAUUCCUAACUGAGGGCGUUCCGUCAUUCGCUUUGCGGUGACGUGCCGGGGAUGAUGUGGGGUCAGUCAGCCGUGGGGGUCCCACUCCUAGCCUCGCACACGCGAGCCUGAGUUUUCCUGGCGGACAGAUAGUAGCAGAGGGGAAGGGGGAGAUGACUAACGUUUAGCUGCGAGGAUUUAUAGCGAAAGCUGGAAGAAAUCCUGUCAGGAGAAGGGCAGACAGGCGCCGGCGGAACGCUCGUUACGGGGCCGAGCCCCGCGGCGGGAGCGGGCAGCAGCGCACCCCGCGCGGCGCCGUCCCCAUGGCAACCGCCGCGGCGGCGCUGAAAGAUGUCGGCCGGGGAGUGGUGUGGUGCAGCGGGCUUCGUAUUCCGCCCCCUGCCCCAGAAAGCCUUCCCCUGCCUGCAGGACAGGGACAUCCGGGAGCGGCUGCUCAAAUGGUCAAUGCAAGGCAGGAUCGCAGUACAAGCAUUCAGCUUCGACCAGCAGUUUAAGCCCUAUCAAAAGGAUGAGUUUGUUAUGGCAUUUUUUAACGAUCAGAAUGUGAACUCCAAUUUAAAGUUGCUCUCAGCUUCAGGACAGUGGACUACACUGGGUUCCAAAGUGACAGCGGUUGAAGCUACAUUAGUGCCCUGUACACAGAUUUCCAUGUCAUUUUUUGAUCGGCUUUACACUGAAGGAGUUGUUAGAGAAAAUGGAGUCAUUGUAAAAUGUUACGAUGAAUAUUACGAUGAUAUCCUUAUCUCUGAUGAAUUAAGGAAGGUCUUGCUUCUGGAAGAUUCAGACCAUUAUGACAUAUUUAGUGAAUCAGACCGCAAAGAAUUUCUGUUCUGUCUUUUUAAACAUCUUUGUAUUGGAGGAACUCUUUGCCAGUUUGAAGAUGUACUUGGCCCUUACUUAGAAACUACAAAGGCUUUAUAUAAAGACUUGGUGAGGGAAAGAAUACAACCCCUAUGCAAUGAAGCUUGUCAGAGGGAACAUCCUGGUUUCUUUCUAGCCGUCAAGAGAAGAAUAUCAUCUGAUUUUGUGUUCAAAAGAAUCCUGAAACAAAAGAAAUAAGCAUUACUUCUACUGUCUUCAGAGUGUCUGCAUAUGACGACAGCGGCCUGUGCUACCCGUCGCGCACAGCCCACGCGCAGACCUUCUGCUAUCUGCUGCUGGACCCGGCCCGGCGCCACGUGCACGCGCUGUACCACCGCUUCGGGGCCGGCGCGCCCUGAGCUCGGCGCGAGGCGGCCGGGUGGUGGGUCGGUGACAGAGCAGGCUCCGUGCAGCGCGCCUGUCGGGCACGUCCCUUGAUGCAGUUUGCCUGAGUUUUGACCUUCUGAUGCUGUUUUCCCGAGUUUUGACCAAUCUAAUAAAAGUAACUUCUCCAGA